CACUACUGGGAACACAGAUCUUUCUGACACAGAACACAAUUUUACUUCACAAAUUAUUAUAAUGGGAACCCUUUGUUUUCAAGGAGAAGCUUCACCUUACUGUUUUAUUUGGAGUACCUUCAGAAACCCUACCAAUGUACAUUUUCAAAACAGUAAGAUUACCCCCACCAUCUCAAUGUUCCCACAGACAGAGGAAACACAACAAGGGGUGAAAGGAGAACAUAAAAGGGAAAUUUAUAUACUUCAAAAUAGAAGAGUUGUUUUUUCCUCCAAAAUUUGCUGUAGCCACUGGGACUAUACAGUAUUCAGCAAACUAUACAGAGGCUCCGGACGCGUGCAGAAAUGUCUGGAAAACAUCUUCUGGACUCUGCCCUUCAUCUUAUGCGCUACGUUCAACUCCCAAAAGAAAACAAAAACAACAACACGUCCAGGGAACCCAUUCUUUUCAAAUUACUAAAAUCCCUUACCUCUCUCCUCUCCUCACAGUAAACUCGAAAAGGUAGCCUGCAGGCCUUAAAGAAUUUAUCAAGCAAUUCACCACCCUUUCAAAUAAAUAAAGCAUUCUGCACAAAAAAAGAAAAUCUUAACAGUAGAAAUGUACACACUGGACUUCGCUGACCCGGAAACAUACAUACAACUAUUUCUAUUCCCAAACAUAGCUCUUAAAUUAAAAACUAUCCCCUCCCACUCCCCCAGCACAGCAAGUAAUAGUUGAAAAUACAGUCUGGGAUCUGACUCCCGGGUACUAGUUACAGACCAACUCUCACCUAACCUCCUGAACUUCCAUUCCUCCAACUGUAAAACGAAGGUAACAGCAGUUCACUCAUGUUUGCAAAGCCACAGUGCCUAGCACAGAGACCCCAUCAGGUAAUAGAUCAACGUUAACUACUGUAUUUGAGCUAUUUUUAUAAGUAAGUCCUUAAGUAUGGUCAAUUUCACAACUCUUCAGUCCACCUAGCUGGUUACCUCUGCACAUUUCUAGUCCUCACUACGCAACAGAAUUGGCUGUAUAAUCACACUCAGUCCGGACCCUCUUAGCAUUUGGGAUCAGUUGGUAUAGAUCUGUCUGGGUAUCGGAGUUCUCUUUAAGACUCUCGGUUGUCCUAAUAUGCAGCUAGAACUUAGAACUACGUGGAAGUCUCUCCUACACGGUCCGUAAUACACACACCUGUGAGGUCCGGUCCAUUUCUGAGCAAAUCACCCCAGGCCGAGGGCCCCGCCAGCCCGGGGACGAAGCUCGCCCGGACGGAUGCUGUGAUGACGAACGCAAAUUUUGCCCACCAAGGACCAACUACAAACAAUUCACAAGCAAGCGCCCCGACACCGGCGGCGGAGUCGGUUGGGGCCCUCGACCCUUCCCCGCGCCCGCACCCACCCCUCCCGCCGCGGGCACGUGACUCGACACGCGCCAGCUGCACGCGGGCUCCAUCAAAACAAAAACGGCGCGCGGCCCGGCGCCCCGCCUGCUGCGUGUCACCCCCGUCACGACUCCGCCGCGCACUUCGCCCCCGGCUCUGAACUCCGCCGCUUCCGCAGACCCCUCACGUGGCAGCCCCCUCCGGGGCACGGCGCUAGGGCCACGGGGGCUGCGGACCCCGGCGCUCACAGGGAUCCCGAGCCGGUCGCCACCCCGCCUCGGACGUCACCCUCGUCGGACCACCCACCCACACCUUCCGCCCGAGGCUGGCGGGGAGGGGGGGCUACAAGCUGUCAGCCUACAGUUUCCACAUGACGACGCUCACCCUCGCCCGCCUCGCCACUUGCGCAGCAGCUGAGCUCGAGCUGAAACACACGUUUAAUUAAGGCGGGGGCAACGUCUUGGUUUUUCCCUUUAAUUUGAAAAAUAAACCCCCAAAGCAAAAGGGAAAACGCAGUUUGACCCGAAGCGCUUGCUUUCGGAUUCUCCCUCCCGACCACCACCACCGCCGUCCUCCCGAGAAAGGGAGACCUACCCACCCGAAAUGCCACCCGCACACCUGCCAGGUGACUCGCCAUCCGGAAACCCUGAGCCCCACCCACCCCGCCUGCGGGGAACCCGCGCCUGCGGUGAGGUGGCGGCGACACGGUGUGGUAUCCCAAAGUCCCCGGAGUAAGGGGGGACACACACCCUUCGCCCCACCCGGGAGCGCGCCGCCCGCCCGCACCCCACGCCCAGAGCAAACCUGGGCAUCCUGCGUCGCGGGGGUCUGAGGUCUGGGCUCCGAGGGGCUGCGGUCCCCCAGCGCCCGGACCCCGCGUCCUUUCCCAGAAGCGCGCCCCCUGCCCUGAUUUCCUGUUGACAGCAAGGUGGGCGACGUGGAAGAAAGGCGAGAGUUGUCUCCAGGUUCGGGAAGUCGGUCUCCGCGGAGUGAAGAGUGUUGUUUCAUCAUAUCAUGUCCAUCAUGUGACACCGGAGAGGCCUCUCUAUGGAAACUUAAAGGGGCUCCCACGUGACUGCAGUGGCAACAACAGCGGCAGGACUGGUGGCGGCGGCCGCAGCUAUUGUACCACCACCCAUCGGGAGCCCCUCGCAGCAUCCCGAAGGUGCUUCUAGCGCUGCAGAAGCUCGGAGAAGCAUCCGGGAGCUGUGGCGUCGGUACGUGCGUGGAGCCUAUGCUCCUUACCCAGCAAGCCGAACAGAAGGAGCGUCCUUAAAUCCUUUCCUGCAGUCACAAAACCCACGCUCUGUUAAAAUGACAUUUCGUGGUUCCUACUUUGUUUCCCCCAAAGAGCAAUGAGUUUUCUAGCCGGCCUGAUUAAAUUUUACAAAGUAAAAAAAAA